AUGGGUCAGGAGCUAUGGGUCAGGAGCUAUGGGUCAGGAGCUAUGGGUCAGGAGCUAUGGGUCAGGAGCUAUGGGUUCAUGAGCUAUGGGUUCAUGAGCUAUGGGUCAGGAGCUAUGGGUCAGGAGCUAUUGGUCAGGAGCUAUGGGUCAGGAGCUAUGGGUCAGGAGCUAUGGGUCAGGAGCUUUGGGUCAGGAGCUAUGGGUCAGGAGCUAUGGGUCAGGAGCUAUGGGUCAGGAGCUAUGGGUCAGGAGCUAUGGGUCAGGAGCUAUGGGUCAGGAGCUAUGGGUCAGGAGCUAUGGGUCAGGAGCUAUGGGUUCAUGAGCUAUGGGUUCAUGAGCUAUGGGUCAGGAGCUAUGGGUCAGGAGCUAUUGGUCAGGAGCUAUGGGUCAGGGGCUAUGGGUCAGGAGCUAUGGGUCAGGAGCUAUGGGUCAGGAGCUUUGGGUCAUGAGCUAUGGGUCAGGAGCUAUGGGUCAGGAGCUUUGGGUCAGGAGCUAUGGGUCAGGAGCUAUGGGUCAGGAGCUAUGGGUCAGGAGCUAUGGGUCAGGAGCUAUGGGUCAGGAGCUAUGGGUCAGGAGCUAUGGGUCAGGAGCUAUGGGUUCAUGAGCUAUGGGUUCAUGAGCUAUGGGUCAGGAGCUAUGGGUCAGGAGCUAUUGGUCAGGAGCUAUGGGUCAGGAGCUAUGGGUCAGGAGCUAUUGGUCAGGAGCUAUGGGUCAGGAGCUAUGGGUCAGGAGCUAUGGGUCAGGAGCUAUGGGUCAGGAGCUAUGGGUCAGGUGCUUCGGGUCCUGACCACAGAGAAAUGA